UAAACAGCCUCGCAUUCCUUACAGAAAACGCCGUGAAAGAAAAGCACGCGCGUGAAAGCUAAUGUUAGCACGGUAACUAGAGAAUAACAACUCUAGCGUUGUGAUAAAUAUAAUCGGUUUAAUUCCCAAAAUGGUUCGUAAAUUGAAGUUCCACGAGCAGAAACUCUUGAAGAAAGUUGAUUUUAUUAACUGGGAGGUUGACAACAAUUUACACGAGGUUAAAGUGUUGAGAAAAUAUAUUGAGAAGAGGGAAGAUUACACCAAAUACAACAAACUUAGUCGAAAUAUCAGAGUGUUGGCACAGAAAAUACGCGACUUGGACGAAAAGGACGGUUUCAGAGCUCAAAGCACAGCCCUUUUCUUGGAAAAACUAUACAGUGUCGGUUUGAUCCCCACCAAACAGAACCUCUCCCUUACGAAUGAAGUCUGUGCAUCUGCAUUCUGCAGGAGACGACUUCCCACAAUCAUGCUGAAACUGCGUAUGGCUCAGAACCUGAAGACUGCCAUAACCUUCAUCGAGCAGGGCCAUAUUCGUGUUGGGCCUGAGAUUGUCACUGAUCCCGCUUUUCUCGUAACAAGGAGUUUGGAAGACUUUGUCACAUGGGUGGAUUCAUCCAAGAUCAAACAACAUGUCAUGAACUACAAUGAGGAGAGAGAUGACUUUGACCUCAUUGUCUAAAUCUCCAAAUACAUUGGAUUUCAACCAGAAAUGGUCAGUGCAUCAAGAGCAGC